AUGAGUAGUCCCCUCUCAUAUUCAAAAGUAUCCAUACCUGAUGCUAUGGCUGUUACUAAGAAUGAUAAUGAUGCUGUGCCAAAUAACAUUAGAGACAUGACGAAAAGUCACAGCAGUUCUAGUAGGAGGCGAUCAGAUUCCAAGGGUCGGGGAAGGAGAUCAGCAUCCGAGGGUCGCAAAAGCUCCCACAAGAUGAGCAGCAGACGACGCACUCAGAACUCUCCAUUGCGAUCUUCGUCACACAGCAAAGGGAGUAAUAACGGCCCGUCGGAACUUUUCUACGGAGAUGAAGAUGCCAAGGCGAAAGCAAAGGCAUCCCGGGGUUCGAAAAGGUCCUCCUCCAAGCGAGGUGCUGAGCUUGCAAGUCCAUCAGGAAAAAGCAGGGGCACUGUCAGCACAGCAGAAAGUACUGAAAUAUUGUAUGGAGAUGCCGAUGCCAAGGCGAAAGCACAGGCAUCACGGGGUUCAAAAAGGUCCUCCUCCAAGCCCGGUGUUGAGCGCGUCAGUUCGUCUGGACACAGCAAAAGCACUGGCGAAACCGACCAUAGCCCUGCAUUAUUGUACGGAGACGAAGAUGCCAAGGCAAAAACAAAGGCAUCACAAGGCUCCAAAAGAUCUGUCAAACCUGGUGUGGAAGCUGUCGGUGCAUCUGGACAUUAUAAGAGCACCAUUAGCAGCAACCAAACCAUACAAAUCUUGUAUGGGAAGAGCGACCAAGAUGCCAAACCAAAGUCAAAAGCAAUGCUGGGACGUUCUUCCCAUCACAGCAAGAAAAGUACCGGCACAAUGAGUACCAUCGAGAUCGUUUACGGAGAUGAAAUUGAUAAUGAUGCCAAGAACAAACUGAAGAAGGGAUCGCGAAUGUCGACAUCCAACAAACCUGGAGUGGAACACGUGACUGAAAAAGAAUCACUGCGCAGACAAUCGAGGAGUAUUACCCCCUUAGAGGCCGGCCACGUGGUCGCAGGCAUGGUGAUUGAAGAUGACUCCAAUUCGAAGGAACCAAUUGUGAACGAUGGACAAUCGGUGGUGUCCAAGAAGCGGAAGUCAGGAAAGAAAGAGAAAGUUUCUUACAAAAUGUGGAUUAUUUUGACUGUAGCCAUUCUUGUCGUUGGCGGUGGACUGACAGCCUUUGCUGUUCUCAGAAAAGGCGACGAUGAUCAAGGUGCACAGGUUCAAGAACAUGACUCCUAUGAUCCUACUACUGAAUCGCCCGAACUUGUAUCCGAGGCUCCAGCCGGUUCCCCAAAUGGCACACCAACAGCGGUACCAUCAUCCAAAAAGCAGGUUCUGGAUCCACCAAGCCCGGAAGACUGUGCUGCCAUUAGGAACAACCAAACCAUUUCAGGGAACAACAACACACUGUCUGAGAGCAACUGGAAUGCCAACAUUCAGAUCAAUGUCAAGGGUGAAACUGGAAUGACUAACGAAAUGAUACAGGAAUUGUUGGAUUCCAUUCAAGCGCUCCUGCUUCCAGCCAUGGCUGGUUGCAGCGUUGGAUAUCGGCGAAAGCUGUCUCAAUCGGCAAAACCAGUCAUGCCCGGAGCAUCUCGAGAGCUGAAAGGAUUUCUCGACGAGUCUCGAUAUGCCAUUCUAUAUGCCCAUGUCACAGGCGAAUUGCUAAAAGGUGCAAUCUGCUUGGAUGCAACAGCUCCCGAGUUGUGCUAUGUUGUCCUUGUCGAGUUUUCUUUAGUUUUGGAUGCUGACAUUAGUUCUGCCGAUGUUGAGGCUAUUAUAUUGGACGAAUGGAGAAAUGGUGACAACAUUGUUUCAAAAUUGGACCUUGAUGACUUGUUCCUAUCAGUGAAAGCAAAAAAUAUCAUGAAUAUGGCGCCUUCUGAAGCUCCAUCUGCCCCACCAACUGGUGCUUUAUCCACAUCGCCAAGCAAGAGGCCGACAGAGUCUCCUACAGUUCAGUCACUAACAGAGGUUCCUAGACGCCCGACACCCGUACCGCUGCUUGAAUCAACGCCAGUGUUAGACAUAUCUACAUCUAUUCCUGUUGAUGCACCCACGUCGAUUCCCAUUCAAUCUCCUUCUACGAUGCCAACAGAUGAUGCAAGUAUGACUCCACCUUCUUCAUCAACAUCGGUGCCAGUGAUCGGGCCAUCACCUCUGCCAACCGUGUCACCGAUAGCUUUCUCUUCCAGCUCACCGUCCACCACGAAGCCAUCGAUAGGAAUUGACGUUUUGUCAACACCUAGCCCUACGAUGGGGUCAAGUGCAUCACCGACUGGGUUGACUUCAAGGUCGCCAGCCACAAAGCCAUCGAUGAUACCAUCUUCUUCACCAACACACAUGCCAGUUGUCGAACCAACGCCUCCUCCAACUGUAUCAUCGACUGCUUUGGCUUCAAUCUCACCAUCAAUAACGCCAACACCUGGUCCAACAAUGAAGCUUACCGUGGCGGCACCAAAUCCAACUGCCAUUCCCGGUCGUGUUCCAACAGCACAACCGACGCCUGGGCCCACGCCAGCUCCAACAUCUGCUCCGACACCUAUCCCAACACCCGGAUCGACACCCAAUCCAACGCCUAUUCGAACACCUCUCCCAACACCAAAUCCUACUCCCGAACCAACUCCCGGUCCGACCACUGCUCUGACGGCUGCUGCCCCUGACAGCUUGUUCUGCUGUUCGAACAACUUGAGAGACUGCAAUAUCCCUGAUCCAUGGUGCAAUUCCAGCGUGUUAAACUGCAUCAAUUGCAAUGGGUUUUUCAUUGUGCAAGGUAGCUGCAUCGGCAUCGCCAAAUUUGAGGAUUGCAGCAACAAUGUGUUUGGCUGCUGUGGGACGCUUCGCUGUGUCGUACAGGAUUUAUUCUUUCUGCGAUGCGAGUAG